CAUCUUAUUUUAAGUGAUAACGGAUGAUGGGACUCAUAACUGUAUCAUAGUCCUAAAGAUUAUAAUAAUAUUAACUUAUAAUACUUAUAUUAUAUAGGUAUAUUCUUACAGACACUUAGUCCACAGCGAUAUAGCGUAUACAUUGUUGGCAGAAAAGUUUUUAAAGAACAUUAUGUGGAAGUCGUCUGCCGGAGUUAACAUUGAGAUACCAGUCGAGAACACAGAUGACGACUGGGAGACUGAUCCAGAUUUUGUGAAUGAUGUUAGCGAGGAAGAACAAAGAUGGGGCUCUCGCACCAUCCCCGGUUCUGGACGCGUAUUAGAUCACGUUGAUAUGAGUCAAUUACGAGAAGAAGUGACUAAGGCUCAUGAAGUUCAGAAGAAAAAAGAAAUGGAAGAAGGUCCUCAAGCAGCAUUUGGAUAUGGUGGUAAAUUUGGUGUGCAAUCUGACAGAAUGGAUAAAUCGGCUGUUGGACAUGACUAUAUUGCACCUCACUUUAAGCAUGCCUCACAGACAGACUAUAGUUCUGGUUUUGGUGGUAAAUAUGGUGUUCAAUCAGAUCGAAUUGACAAGAGUGCUGUCAGUUGGAGUCAUAAAGAAAAAGUAGAAAAACAUGGAUCUCAAAAAGAUUAUAGUUCUGGUUUUGGUGGAAAAUUUGGUGUGCAAGCUGAUCGUCAGGAUAAAAGUGCUGUUGGUUGGGAUUAUGUGGAAAAAUUACAAAAGCAUGAGUCUCAAAAAGAUUAUGCUGUUGGUUUUGGUGGAAAAUUUGGUGUGCAGUCAGAUCGUCAAGAUAAGUCUGCUGUUGGGUGGGAUAAUGUAGAAACUGUUGAAAAACAUCAAAGUCAAGUUGACCAUAGUAAAGGUUUUGGAGGAAAAUUUGGUGUUCAAAAUGAUAGGUUAGAUAAAUCUGCUCAUAAUUAUAAUGAAAGUUCUGGUCAAGUUGGAACAAAUUAUGAAAAACAGAAACCAGAGAUAACAAGUAUUAAACCAUCAAGUCUAAGAGCAAAAUUUGAAAAUAUGGCUAAGCAAGAAGAAGAAGAAAAUGAAAAACGGCGUUUAGCAGAACAAGAAAGAAGAAAACAAAGAGAAUUACAAGAAAAAAAGGAAGCUCGUGAAAGAGAGGAAAAACGUUUGAAAGAAUUACAGGAGAAAGAAGAACAGAAACAAAAGCUUCUUGAUGGUUCAGAACAAGUUAAAAACACUCCAAUUACUAAAAUUGAUUAUGAUGAAGAAGAGUUACCUAAAUCUAGCGAAUUUAUUCGUCCUCCAGUUGUUGUUGGUGCAACUAUUCAACCAUCUGUGAAAAAUGAUGAGGAAGCAUUAAAAAGAAUUGCAGCAGAAGAAGAAGAACGUAAACGAAAAGAAGAACAAGCUAGAAUUGAAAAAGAAAAUACUAUACUGAAACAGAAACUGAAAGAAGAGGAAAAACUUAAUGAAGAAAUAAAAAGACAACACGAGAGGAUAAAAUUAGAAGAACAGCAAAAAAUGAAUGAAGAAAUAUUAAAGGAGAAUGAGAGGAAAAAAAUGGAAGAAUUGGCUAGAGCUGAAUUAAAAAAAAAAGCAGAUGAAGAAAAAAUGAUAGAAGAUAAGAAAAAAUUAGAAGAAGAGGCAAUCCAAAAAAAACUAGAAGAAGAAUCAAUAAAGAAAAAACUAGAAGAAGAGUCAAUAAAGAAAAAACUAGAAGAAGAGUCGACAAAAAAAAAACUAGAAGAAGAGUCGACAAAGAAAAAACUAGAUGAAGAGUCGACAAAGAAAAAACUAGAUGAAGAGACGACUAAGCUUAAAUUGGAAGAAGAAGCCAAGAAAAAAGAAGAGCUAAAUAGACUUGAAGAAGAAAGACAAUUAGAAGAACAAAAGCUGCAUGAGCAACUUAAGAAUGGAGCAGCAUCUGAAGAAGAUCCAGAAGGUGGAUAUAUUGCUGUGGCUUUAUAUGAUUAUCAAGCAUCGGCUGAUGAUGAAAUAAGUUUUGAUCCUGAUGAUAUUGUGACAAAUAUUGAAAUGAUCGAUAAAGGUUGGUGGAGAGGUUUAUGCAAAGGUCAAUAUGGUUUGUUUCCAGCCAAUUAUGUUGAAAUCAUUGAUUAGUUUAAUUGUUGCCACUAAUUAUACUUAAGUGUUUUGAGUGAUUGAGCAAGUUAUAAUGUAAAGUCUAACAAACAAAUCAAAAGCAUAUAUAUUAUAACAGAUAUAAAUUGGUUUCCAAUAUUACAUUUAAAUUUUAACUAUUAUUUAAUACAAAUAAUAAUUGUAUAGCUUCCAAGAUAUUGUUUAUUGCAUUAUAAGGAUUUAGUUUUAAUUCAAAUGGAAAACAAAAAUAACUUGAAUCCAAAUACAUAUUAAUAAAUAACUGAAAUUCACAAAAAAGUUGUCUAUUAUUAAAUUUGUUCAUAAAACAAUAUGUAUGUUUUUGUAAUUUGUUAUACAUUAUCUUAUCUGCUCAAUGUACUAAAAUUAAUUUUUUUAAUUCCAACAAUUAAUUUUCAAUAUUUAUUUAUUUAGCAUAUUUUAUCAAUAUUAUUGUAUUGUUUUAUUUUAUUUUAAUAAUAUUAGUUUAUUAUGUAUUUUAAUAUAUGUUUAUUGUGAUAUUUUUGUUAAAUAAUCAAAAUUAUACAAAUUUUUUUAUAAUUACAGCAUAACACUAACUUAUAUUAUAUGUAUUAUUAACUUAAAAUAACCAAGUAUAAGGUCAUAAUAAAAGUAGUAAAACAGGUUAACGUUAAUACAACUUUAUAUUACUUUAUAUGUGACAUUAUAAUUUAUAUAAUUUUAUAUCCGAUUA